AUUACUGUAAAAAUAUGCAGGCAUUUAAGGCAGUACUUAGCAGCAUGUAUCGAUGUUGACUGGUGAAAUGUUAAAGUAUCAAAUUACGUUAGUUAAAAUGAUAUACCUAUGUUCAAACGAAGAUCAAUUUAUAUCAAGACUAGCAGACUGACAAAACUGUUUUAAGUUUAAUAUCAACUUUGGAGAAUUGUUAAUCCAGUAACGUGUGUGAAUCCAAGAAAACCAACAUUUUGAUUUCUAUCCACGAUAGAAAAGUGUUAGGAAUCACAAGCUACAUACAAAAAAGAGAAGAUAGAAAUAUAUAUAUACUGAGGUAAUUAUUCAUAGAAAAAUGGCUUCAGGAAUUAAUAUUGAAGUGAGCAAAAAUGAUGUGGAAACUAAAGAUAAAGAAGGAAUUGAUAAUCCUGGCUUUAAAACAAGAAUGGCAAAUAAAGAUCGUAGUGGAGACACUUUAUUACGGUUAUCUUCAAAUGCACCUAAUUACUCAACUGCUGUUGAGAUUGAGUUAGAUGACUCAGCAAACCAAUCGACCAAUGAGAAAACACCUCAACAGCACAUGACAUAUGAAGAUGAAAAGAAGAAACCAUUACGUAAAGUUUUGGGUCAAGUUUGGCGAAGGCAUUGGAUAACCAUUGUUGUGGCAGCUCUUGAUUUUAUUGUAAUUAUUUAUAGCAUUUUUGGAAUUAUGAAAGUUGGUUUUACUGAUGCUGCUGGUUUGUUUGGUAUUGGUGUAUUUGUCUGGUUUUGUUUGACAUGGAUGGUUUUUUAUGAAUACUAUGGUGCGGAGAUUCAAGACAGAAUUAUUACACCAUUCAUGCAGAAAAUUGAUGAACAUUGGACGUACUUAAAAUGGUUAAUUUAUGGUGUAUUGUCGAUGGGCAUCAUAGUGUUUUUGGCAGUAGAUACAAGAAAGAAACCAAUUCGAUUCUUGUCAUUGUUUGGUCUUGCAGUAUAUGUCUUCAUUGCAUAUAUUUUCUCAAAACAUAGAUCAAAGAUUAUUUGGCGUCCAGUAUUAUGGGGUUUUGCAUUACAAUUUAUCUUUGGUUUACUCAUCCUUCGUACAACGGCUGGAAGGAAGAGUUUUAAAUUUGUUGGAGAUCAGAUUAGUAUUUUCUUGGAUUAUACAGACUAUGGCGCAGUCUUUGUCUUUGGUAGUAACUUUAAGGAACACUUUUUUGUAUUCAAAGUGCUACCAGUUAUCAUAUUCUUCAGUUCGGUUAUUUCAGUUUUGUAUUAUUUACGCAUUAUGCCAAUGGUUAUAAAGAAAAUUGCUUGGCUUAUGCAUGUCACAAUGAAAACGUCCGGCAGUGAAUCGCUAAAUGCUGCAGGAAAUAUCUUUAUUGGACAGACUGAAGCUCCACUAAUGGUACGGCCAUUUCUAGAGAGUAUGACAAUGUCCGAACUACACGCUGUAAUGACGGGUGGUUUUGCUACGAUAGCUGGCGGUGUUCUCGCAGCAUAUAUAUCAUUUGGCGUAAGUCCAUCACAUCUUCUGUCUGCAUCCGUCAUGUCUGCUCCAGCAGCGUUGGCCAUUUCUAAAGUUAUGUAUCCAGAAACUGAAGAAUCGGAGACGAAAACCUCAGACGACAUUGAUGUUCCUAAAAUGAAAGAAGUUAACGUUAUCGAAGCUGCUGCAUCAGGAGCAUCAAACGCCAUUCCAUUGGUAGCAAAUAUUGCUGCAAAUCUUAUAGCAUUUCUCGCCUUUCUUGCCUUCAUUGAUGCAGUUUUGUCAUAUGUUGGAUCUGUAGUAGAUUAUCCUGAUCUAAGUUUUAAGUUCAUAUGUUCCUGGAUACUUCGACCUUUUGCGUUCAUCAUGGGAGUAGAUUGGGAUGAUUGUGGUAUUGUUGGAGAACUCUUGGGAACUAAGACAUUUGCAAAUGAAUUUAUUGCUUACUUAGAUCUUAGCCAUUACAUCGAAAAUGCAAAGGAAAAUAAUGGUGGUAGAACAAUCACUGAGCGUUCUCAAAUUAUAGCAACAUACGCACUUUGUGGUUUCUCUAAUUUUUCCUCCAUUGGUAUUCAAAUUGGAGGAAUGGGUCCUCUCGCCCCCAGUCGACGUAGUGAUCUCGCAGUGUUAGCUCUGAGAGCGCUAUUGGCGGGAACAUUGGCUUGCUUUAUGACAGCUUGUAUUGCAGGAAUCCUUCUGUAAAAGCUGCACUGCGUACUGUGGAAUUUAACUUACAAACUUUCUAAAGUAAUCUAUCAAAAUUUGUAAUCGCUUGAUUCAACUCGUGUUAAAGUAUAAAAAUUUGUAAUUAUUUAAUGGUAUUUUAAAUACAAUCGAUGUUUGUUGUCCAA